CACGACUGUAUCGCAGCGAUGCGAAUCCCCCAUUUUCACGUCCUUGGCGGCAAGGGAAAUCUUCAAUGCCUAUGUUUCUUCCUUAUGGAGGGGUCCUUAAUUAAGCAUUGCCGAUACACGGAUGGCAAGAGUGGUUUGUCAAAUGCCUGAGUUGUUUCACCACUAUUCCUCCCAGAUGCUUCAGAUAUCGCACGCAACUCCCUUGAGAUGUGACAAUGAAUCUUCUAUGCCGCACCAGUUAGGUGGAACUUUUAAGAGGAAUGUGUGCUGCCUAAGGUUAUGAGUACAUCCCCGAGAUUAGAACCAGUUAUUCUGGGAGUUGCGCGGGACGCUCUCAAGUCGAACUUCAGAGACGUUUCACAUGGUGCGAUCUGGCUAUGUCCAGAAUAUGUGGUUGACAUUACCGUGAUCAAGGGAGUCGGCCGUAUGUCCGCCCGGUACAUAUUGCCCAUCAUGGUGAACAACUGCACACAGGAUAUUGUUCGGUCGCGAGUGGAUUGGAAGUAUGGACCGCGUCUCUUGUUCAUCUUGGUCCUGCACUUGCCUUUAAGCAAUGUGACCACUGAGGCAAUGGCUCCCGUUAAUGUAUGAAGAUCGCACUCUUCACGAACCAGGAUAGAAUUGUAAAUAAACAAAAGCAAAAGGUGGACGGUCAAAUACCAGCCUAUACACUUCCCAAAUAGGUCAAUAUAUUGAUAAUAAAUGGACCUUCGUCCUGUCG